UUUCCGAGGCGUCUGAUUGGCUGCAGGUCACGUGAUUAACGGACAAACAGAUUGGGGCGAAGGGCUAUAUAAUUUCGGCCUGAGUCCAGCUUUAGUGCCUGUGCAGUGUUCACCAUGUGUUGAUAGUUUUUUCUUUUAUUAUUAUUAUUAUUGCUGCUGCAAAUGGGAAGGAAAAAAAAAACGGUGGCAAGCUUUAUCUGAAUCACUGAUGAAUUCUGCCAGCUGCACAUCAGGGCAGAGCGAUCUGUAAAGUGACACGAUGGAAGAAGGCAGCCCUGGGAUAAGCAGUGUGAAAUCACAUUCGAGUAAUGUCACUGCAAGAAAGAAUAGCUUCGAUAUGAAAGCUGGAGUAUUCCUUUGCGGGGUGGCCGGGGCGGCGGCGAUCGCCGGCUUCAGCACGACGCUGGCCGCCGCCAAGAACAGCGACUCGGCCCACUUCGCCAAGGGCGUGGCGGGCGGGGCCGCGGAGAUGCAGGAGGCAGGGACGGCCCUGGCACUGCGCGCCCUUCGGCGGGGCACCCUGUACGCGGUCGGAGGCUGCGGCAUCCUCUUCUGGGCCGUCUGGAAGCUCUCCGGAGCCAGCACCAUGCUGGAAUUCCGCGAGAAAGUGGGUUCGUGCCUGCCACGGAUACCCAAGAACGACCCGCCUCGAGGCAGGACAGAGUUUGAAAACCUGACGGACCUCUUGAAGUACCUGGGUGAAGGAGGACACGGCGUCAAACACUCGCCCGAGGACAAGUAGCGGUCUGUGCGGUACUUGGCUUGAUGCGUCUAGGCACUGAUUAGAGUGUGAUUGCUGGUGCAUCGACAAGAACAUUGUGUAAGCUGACUUUCAGAGGACAUUUGGCAUUUACCAGUGCAGAGGAUGUCUGAUUUUUUUUUUCUUCUUUUCACUAAAAAGUUAAGUAGAAGGGUGGCAAGCAACAGGAGUAACCUGGAAACGUAGGAGCAUUUUCAGCAACAGGAAAAAGGGAAUUUCUUAGGCAGUCAGAGAUUUUUUAUUUUAAUGAUUAGGUUUCUGAAAAAGUAAAGUUGUAUCAGAGAUCUAUUUUGAUUUGUACCAAUUUCAUGUACACACCUUUCUUCUCUCUUUCCAACAUAUCUAAGUUUUGCAAAUGUUACAAAGAGUUUUCUCCUAUUCCUUAUUACGUUGUAAGUAUAUCAGCACUUCGACCAUGCACAUUGAUUUCAGUGUUAUUGACUGUAAUAUGAUAAAAUAAUAGGCCUGCUCAAAUACUAGUUUUUGGAUGCGAAGCGAAUAUAAAACUGAAUGUUUAAAUUACUCGCAAAGUUCAUUCAAAUUGCAAAUAUUGUUUUCGGUGAAGCUGUAUUACACUUGUCUUAUUUUAUAAAAUACAAAAUUGAAGUAAAAAAAUAAUAAUUCAAAAAUUGGUAUGCCAAUUGGGCCUUAUGUAUUGUAAAGAAAAUUUAUUUAUUUGAGAGAAAUGUCAUUAGUAUAUUAUAAUUGCUGCUUAAAUACAAUAGACUUUAUGCUAAGAAUUUGUAUUAAUUACUCUAGACAUCACAAAUAUGACAAGUCUAGAAACAGUUUUGGAAUUAUAUGUGCUUACAUUUAACUUUAUUUAUAAAAGAGCUAUAUUGAAGACAAUUUAGUUCUUGGUAAUGAAAAUAAGUUGGUUCUUUAGAACAAUCGAAGAAGAACGUUUUGAGCAACGGACAAAACAGCACGUGAUGUAGUAAAGCUUCAAAUAAAACUUUAGUGAAGCUCGA